GCGGGGGCCGCUCUGGCCGCCACUCUCGCUGGCCUCGGGCCCGGGAGGCUUGGGCGGGAGCCACCACCGAGGCGAGCGGCCAGAGCGGCGCCAUCCGCCAUGGAGGCGCCCGGCGAGGCCGAGGGGGCGGCGGGGCUGAGGUGUCGCCAUCCCGUCGCGGAGAUGCUGGAUUUGCCCUUCCUGCCCUUCUGCAUCCUCCUGGGUGGCCUGGGCUUCGUGUGCGUGGCUUUCGUGAGCGCCUGGUGCCAGCACUGGCGAGGCGGCUUCGCCUUGGACGGCAGCGCCCAGACGUUCAACUGGCACCCGGUGUUGAUGGUGACGGGCAUGGUGGUGCUGUAUGGCGCAGCGGCCCUGGUGUACCGCCUGCCCCCCACCUGGAGCGGCCCCAAGCUCCCCUGGAAGGUGCUGCACGGCACCCUGGCCCUGGCAGCCUUUGUCCUGGCCGUCCUGGGGCUGGUGGCCGUUUUUCGCUUCCACAAUGACCACGGGACGCCCAACAUGUACUCGCUGCACAGCUGGCUGGGGCUGGUCACCGUGCUGCUCUUCUCCUGUCAGUGGCUGGCCGGCUUCAGCGCCUUCCUGCUGCCCUGGGCUCCUGCCUGGCUCCGCACCCUCUACAAGCCCGUCCACAUCUUCUUUGGUUCCACCAUCCUCAUGCUGUCCAUGGCCUCCUGCAUGUCAGGCAUCAACGAGAAGCUUUUCUUCAGCCUGAAGAACGGGACGACGGAGUACAAGCGCCUGCCGGCCGAGGCUGUCUUUGCCAACACGCUGGGGCUCCUCAUCCUCCUCUUCGGGGUGCUGGUGCUGGGCGCCCUGGCCAGGCCGAGCUGGAAGCGCCCUGACGCCGACUCCCCAGACUCUCGCCAGCCCCUGCUCACCGCCGAGCGCUGACGCCUGCGCAGCAGCCGAGGUCUCUCCCUGCCCUCCCCUGCCUGCUCUGCCGGCCCUGCUCUUGGCCUCACCGGGGGCUCCUGCUGCCUGCGCCUGACGCUCCUCUGCCCCUGGGAGGAACGGGCUCAUCUCCCUCAUGGCGGAGACGUUGCUGCGGUGAGCACAUCUCUUCGCCUCUUCUGUGGCCCAGCAUUGGCCUCCUGCCUGCCGUGGGAUGAGGGCAGUCGCAGCGUGAUGCUCCUGCCUGCGACCUCGGGCCUCUGCUUGCCAGUUCCUGCCGGGUCCAGCUGGCCCCUUGCGCCUGGACCUCGCUCCGUGCCAAAUUGGUUGCCCUCGAGCCCUCCUCGGGCCCGGCAGUGCUAUCCCUCAACGCAGCAGCCGGAGCUGGCAGAGCCUCAUCGGGUCAGAAACCGCCGGAGGAGCAUCCCUGUGCCUGUCCGUGCCGCUGCCCCCCAAAUCUGGGAUCAUCUCGUGUGCGGUGGGGGACAGCUCGGGGUGGCAAGGAUGGAGGGGACCCUGACACCGCGCCCUGCCCUUCAUCGGGCUCUCUGUGCCCCUCCCUCCACCCCGUGGGUGUGGGACCAGCUGAGCAGCCUCUUGGAGCAUUUGUGGAGAUGUAAUAAACCGCUGGCUUCUGCA